AUGGCCCAACAGAGCUUGUCUGACAUACUAGCAGCUGCCGCUGUGGAUUUGACCCCUUACGAAACUCUUUACAAGCAUUUCCAUACUCACCCUGAGCUCUCGCUACAAGAGAAGGCCACCUCUGAAAGGAUUGCCUCCCAUUUAUCACAGCUCGGAGCCUAUGAGAUCCACACAAAUAUUGGGGGUUAUGGGCUCGUAGGCGUUCUCAGUAAUGGCACUGGAAAGACAAUUCUUCUUCGGGCAGACAUGGACGCGCUUCCAGUCAAAGAACUCACCGGUCUCCCCUACGCGAGUUCUGUGACUAUGUCUGAUGCUGAUGGCAAUGAAAAACCAGUGAUGCAUGCUUGUGGCCAUGAUAUGCAUAUUACAUGUCUCCUCGCUGCUGCUGAGGUGUUGGCCCGUGCACAAGAUGCUUGGAGUGGGACUUUGAUCGUGCUCUUCCAGCCAAACGAAGAGCGAGGUGGAGGCGCCCAGGCUAUGGUUGAUGAUGGACUUUAUUCGAAGAUUCCCAUGCCCGAUUAUGUCUUUGGUCAGCACGUCAUGCGAAUGCGGGCGGGAAGUGUUGGUUCCCGACCUGGCACGAUCAUGGCUGCUGCCGAUAGCUUGAAGAUCACUCUCUACGGCCGCGGUGGACAUGGGUCAAUGCCGCACCAGACAGUAGACCCCGUGCUUCUUGCUGCGCAUGUUGUCGUUAGGCUUCAGGACAUUGUGAGUAGAGAGGUGGACCCGAGUGAUCUUGCUGUCGUGACGGUCGGGAGCCUGCAGGCCGGCCAAACGGAAAAUAUCAUUGCGGACCGGGCGGAAAUUGGAGUCGACUUUAGAACUGUCAAGUUGGAGACCCGGGGGAAAAUAAUUUCUGCUAUCCGGCGCAUCGUCGAAGCUGAGUGUGUUGCUAGUGGAUCGCCGAAACCACCGUUAUUCACACCGACGAGGCGGUUUCCGCCAACCGACAACGAUAAAGACGUGGCCUCUCAACUGGCUGCAUCUUUCGGAGAUCAUUUCGAGGACUUUGAUGGUGAUACUCCAAGGACCAAUGUUAGUGAGGAUUUCUCCACGCUGGGUACUUCUCAGGGGGUUCCUUGCUCUUUUUGGUUCAUUGGGGGAGUUGACCCAGAUCUCUGGGAUAAAGGCCAGAGAAAUGAAAUCCCGAUGCAAGAGGUUCCUGGGAAUCACUCGGCUUUGUUUGCACCAGUGAUUCAGCCAACGAUGAAAACUGGGGUGGAUGCCUUGUGCAUCGCGGCAUUGACGUUCUUGAAAAAAUAG